GUUUUCUCGUAAAUCUCGUUCUUCCCCUUUCUCCCCUUCAAACCCCUCGUUAGUUUUGGCAGCUCCGGUGGCCGGAGAAACCGAUUUACCCUUACAAAGUUCGGAUCUUCACCUCACCAAUGACGAACAUAGAACUACUUCCGAUUCUGCAGAAGACGAUUUGCCUAUCUCCCGAUUGACUAAUUUUAAAACCUCUCGCCCUAAGUCUGCAAGUCCUGCUCCCAUGACAUACUCAUUGGGCAAACGGAGAAAAUCUACGCCGAUGAGAUAUGGCGUUUUCGAAACCAUGGAGAAGAAACGUUCGCAUUCGAAACCUAAAGUUGUUGUUCAUGAUCCUUCAAGCAAGUGUUUGAGCUCCCAAAACGAAAGCUCUGCAACUAAAUGCUUUAAAUUGGCGGCUGGAAAUUCGCUUGCCAUGAUUCGAGCUGAGGAGGUUCAGUCAAGUCUAGGAACCGAACAUCCCAGCUGUAUAAAGUUAAUGGUGAAAGCACAUGUUGAUAUUGGUUACUGGAUGGGCUUUCCGCAGCUGUUCGGCAAGUUGUUUUUACCCAAAACAGAUACUACAAUGGUGAUUGAAGAUGAAAAUGGGGACGUAUAUCAUAUCAGAUACAUUGCUCGCAAGAAUGGGCUUAGUGCAGGUUGGAAAAAGUUUGCAGAUUGGCAUAACUUGCUUGAAGGGGAUAUUUUGGUCUUCCAUUUAGUCGAACCCUGCAAAUUUAAGGUUUAUAUAAUAAGAGCAAAUUAUCUGAAUGAAGUGGAUGGUGCUCUUAGCCUCUUGAAUCUUGAGGCGCACACAGAAACGGAUGCGCCAUCUUCAACAACGCAAAGCAAGCGUCCAAAGUCCCUUCCUUUAAUCGUGGUCCAAAAGAAGCACAAACUCUCAACUCCACGAUCACAGAUGAGCAACCACCCUAUAGACCACUCAGGAAACGAUAGCGAAGAGGUCAGGUCAGAAGUUCUGGAAGGUUCUAGACCCUCUAAACCGGACCUUUCAUUUCAAGAACUCAAAACAUUUGAAGACUUCCGGAUCAUGGUCAAGGGGACGUGCAUUGACUCCGAGCUUCCAGAUGAUGUCAGAAUGAAUUACUACAAACUCUGCAAUAGUAGGAAGGAGAUCCUCCAUGAUUCUCUUCCUGAAGGCUUGUACUACAAGCUGGUAGCCGGCAUGAUUGGCGAAACCGUCAACAUUGCCAAUGAGAUCAAGAACUUGAAGAUCACAACAACCAAGGAAGAAUUGGAAGUAUGGGAUAAUUCCCUGAAAUCUUUUAAUCUUAUGGGAAUGAAAGUUGGAUUUUUAUGCGAUAGAAUCCAUAUGCUUGCAAGAAUCGCGUUUGAAUCAGAAGGUCGGGUGGAUAUCGAGCGGUACACGAAAGCAAAAAAUGAACAGAAAGGGUUCAAAGACGAGAUAGAGAAAGUGACAGAAAGGCUCGCGGAACUGAACGAGAGUCAUCGAAAGAUGGAAGGGAUUGUGGAUGGUUUGAAACAGAAGGUUGGCAAGCAUGAGAUGAAGUUUCAGAAAGAGGUUGAUGCACCCUGGUAGCAUACAGCUUUUGAGGUAUGUUUAUUUAUGUUCACUAUCUUUAUAUGGGCUGGAUCUUUUGAAUCUAGAAGAAGUUUUUAUAGUCAUUUAUGUAUAUAUAACCUUAAAUCAGAUUUUAAUCAAAUCCAUGAUCU